AUGUCGCCGCCACCUCAUCAUCAUCAGCAACAAAUCCCUCAACAGCAGAUUCCUCCGCAACAUAUUCAACAGCAACAAAUGUCAAUGCAUCAACAACCAAUUGCGGCGCCACCCCAGCAACAAAUUCAGCCGCAGGUGCCGCCACAACCCCUCCACCAAAUGCCACAAGUCUCGGUUAAUGGCGUGGACAAUGUUUACCAGAACAAUGGUGUCCAACACGGACAUAAUACAAUGGAAACAGCAUCGCCAAUGCAACUACCACCAUCACAACCGCCGGUCACGGUAGAACUAAAGCCAACAGUUUUUAACCCCUACGCGGAACCUAUGCCAGAGCCGGAGACAAGAAAAUCUGUAGAAGAGCAGGAGAAGCCUGAAAUCAAGGCAGAAGCUCCUCCCCAAGAAGAGGUAGAUGUGAAACCGGAUCCCGUAAUACCGGAACCAUUAAUUCAGCCUUCAGCUAAUCUUUUUGAUGACAGGGAUGACGCGACCCCUCCAAUGCGGACUGAUGUAGUAGAGGAAGAAGGAGAAGUUUUGGAGCAACAAGCCACAGAAAUCGAACCUGAAACGGAAGCGGCACCAGAACCAGAACCAGAACCUGAUGAGCAGAAGGAAAUGUCUCCCGAACCACCAGUUACUUGUAGCAGCACAAUAGCUCCAGCUGACUAUUCCACACUGUCAGAUGAAACGCAGCCGGCUAUCGCAGAAACCGAUGAGAAAUCAGUCGAUACAACGAGUCUGGCUAUAGCCGAAGAUGAAGAAGCUAAGGCUGAUGUGGAGCCAGAGGAGGAUGUAUCAGAUGAGCCUACGCCUGGACCAAGCAGCAGCCGCGAUCCUUCACCUGAAGAGAGCGAAGUUACUGCCGAAGAACCGGAAACUGAACCACCUUCUGUGAAACCAUCGAAAAGAUCAAGGAACAAGGAUAGGGUUGCAACGUUGUCUAAAGAAGAGGUGUACGACGAUCGUGAUGCCACGCCUAGUGAAGUUGCUGAGUCGACAGAUGGCGUUUUCACGGAACCUUCGACUCCUGCCCCGGAAAGUCGAAAGCCGAAGAGGCUUCCUAUAGUUCGGAAACGCAGCACAUCCAAGUGGGCUGACGCUAUCGAUGGUGUUGAUGACGACGCUGAAGAUUCAAUUUUGACAACUGACUCCCAAGAAACGCAAUCCAGUGAUCAACAGAUUGUUGAGAAGGAACUGGAAGAAGUUGAUAAACGUGCAGUGGCAAAAGUUAAGCGAUUCCGACAAAAGAAAUCUCACUCGAAUAAUGAUAACGAAGAAGAAGAUUUCAACAGCGAUUACACCAUUGUCGAUCGAGUUGUAGACGUAGGUACUGGUGACGAUGGGCUAGAAUAUGCCCUAGUGAAAUGGAAAAGUCUUGCAUAUGAUGAGGUCACAUGGGAACCCGUUGAAUCUAUUCCUGAGGAGAAG